UUAUGGAAGUUCCAAAAGUUCAAAACAGUGAAUUAACAGGAGAUGCAAAAGGCGAGGAGAUUCCUGCAUGUAAAGUUCCUAGCAAACAAGAUUUAGAAACUCGUUAUACUGAGCCGAUUUGGGCGCGAGUUCCAACUUGCAGCAAAGAUAGCUAUUAUAUUGAAGUAAUUAAAAAUGGAACCGUUAUUGAACGUAUUUCUUUACACAGUGAUAAAGGAGAAAAGUCUUAUUUAACAAUUGGCCGAUUCGAUCCUUGUGAAAUUAAGUUAGAGCAUCCUUCGGUUUCUCGUUUUCAUUCUGUUCUUCAAUAUGGAGAACAUGUAAGGGGAAAGCCCCAAUGGUUUAUUUAUGACAUGAAUAGUACACAUGGCGUUCGAAUAAAUAAAAAACGAAUUGAGAAAUCAACAUUUGUACCUCUUUUUGUUGGUUAUGUCUUCCAAAUUGCCGGUAACUUUUUUUUGUUUUCGCAAUAUUUUUGUCUAAAUUGA